GACUCCUUAAUUAAUUGUUCGUCUACAAAGCCUUGCUGUGUAAUUCAUGUAUUCGGUAGUUUGAGCUUCAUUUUCUUAGUAUGAAACUAUGAACCUUCUGACAUUUGAUCAUUACUCGCUCUAUAUGUUUCUCAAGUACCAUAGUACCACCAUUUCCUCCUAGAAAAACAGGAAUCUUCAAGUUUCUGUCUCCUAUCUCUCGUCAUCAUCAAGUCCCAACCAAACUAUAUCACUUGAUCCCUCCCCCUCUCUCUCUCUCUCUCACAUCAGAAAAAAUGAGGUCCAAACCUCAAUGUGGCAUCAAUCUCAAGCUUAUUGUCCUAUUCUGCUCCUUUCUCCUCCUCUUCACCAUCUUAAUACUCCGAUCAAACCUCUCAUCUCCUCUAAAAACUCCACCAUCAUCAUCCACCACGAUCUCAGAAACCCACCUCUCAAAUUCAUCUGAUCAACCUCAGCAAGUCCCAAAAUGUCCAUCGCUCGAAGUACCCUUCAUCCCUACAUGCACAAAAACCCCACCUUCCUUAGCCAACGCCCUCAUCCACUACGCCACCACCAACAUCACCCCGCAGCAAACCUUCAAGGAAAUAUCAGUAUCAGCAAGGAUCCUAGCAAAGAAGGCCCCCUGCAACUUCCUCGUCUUCGGCUUAGGCCUCGACAGCCUCAUGUGGGCGGCUCUCAACCACGGCGGCCGUACCGUCUUCCUAGAAGAAGACCAGUCCUGGAUCGACCAGAUCAAAGAACGACUCCCCAACUUGGAAUCCUACCACGUCGUGUACGACACCAAAGUGCAUGAAGCCGAGAAGCUCUUCGAGCAUGGCUCGAAGGAAGAGUGCAAGACAGUGAGUGAUCCAAGGUUUUCCAAGUGCCCAUUGGCGCUGAAGAACUUGCCGGGAGAUGUGUACGACAUGGAGUGGGAUUUGAUCAUGGUGGAUGCGCCUACAGGGUACUUUGAUGGAGCUCCUGGUCGGAUGAGUGCUAUAUACACGGCGGGGUUGAUGGGGAGGAACAGAGAGGAGGGUGAGACUGAUGUGUUUGUUCAUGAUGUGGAUAGAGUGGUCGAGGAUAAAUUCUCCAAAGCGUUUCUUUGUGAAGGGUAUUUGAGAGAACAAGAGGGAAGGAUUAGGCAUUUUAAGAUUCCGAGUCACAGGGCUCGUCUGGGCAGAACCUUUUGUCCAUGAGAUAUAGAGUCAUAGAGCAUGCAAGCAGCUAUAUAUGGAUCUAUCGUCUUCCUUCCAUAUCUCUUCUCUUGCUCUCUUUCUGUGUAGCAGAUGCAUAAUUUUCUGGGAAUUGUAUUUUUUCCCCUCUAUUAAUUUUGAUGCAAAUUGGAAUUAUUAAUUAAUCUACUAUUCCAGUUCUUCUUUAUAC